AUGUUCGCCAGAAACCCCAUACACUACAUCGGUGGAAUUACUCAGAGGUUUUCGGACAUUGAUUUCGCAGGAAUGGACAAAGAUGGGUGUAUUGUGUUCAUAGAAAGGUUCACUGGGGAAAAGUGUGAGAAGCUAUAUUAUUGCCAACCUGAUAUUGAUUUCCCAAAAGGUUUGACUCUAAUUUGCAAUGACCCCGAUUAUUACGACUUCAUUGAAAUUGCAUAUGAAUGUGGUGUUAUACUCCUUAUGUAUGUUGACCAUUUUGGGGAUAGUAACAUACAUGAAUGGUUGGAUGAACACAAAGACGAGUUUGUUGGUAACGUUGAGGAAGAAGUACUUGAUGGUGCAGGAUUGGUUAAGGAAGUUACACCAGGGUAUCGGGAUGUGGGUGACAGUGACACGAACGAUGAGUUACUUUGUGCUGUGGGUAGAGAUGCUAACAAUGGAAUAUUCCCAAUUGCUUGGGCAGUUGUUUCUGUGGAAAACAAAGAGAUUUGGAAAUGGUUCUUAGAAACUCUUUCAGAAGAUUUGCAAUGUUGGAAUGAUGGUAACGGUUUGGUUCUAAUUUCGGAUCAACACAAGGAGUCUGUAAACGUUGCCACAGGAGUAGGGGAUGAUGAGGUAAUCGUAGAUGCUACUGAUGCUUUGGAUAGGCCUAGAGAUGAAGAGCUAAUGGUGGGAGUCAAUGGAUGGGAUGAAGGGGUGAAUGUCAAUGCUCGAGUUAAGCAUGUUAAACCACCUAAAAUGUGA